AUGCAAAACCAGAGCUUUGUAACUGAAUUUGUCCUCCUGGGACUUUCACAGAAUCCAUAUGUUCAGAAAAUUGUAUUUAUUAUGUUUCUGUUGAUCUACAUUGCAACUGUCUGUGGAAACUUGUUGAUAGUUGUGACCAUUCUCAACAGUCCAGCACUCCUAGGGUCCCCAAUGUACUUCUUUCUGGCUUUCCUGUCCUUCCUGGAUGCAUGCUUUUCUUCAGUUAUUACUCCUAAAAUUAUUGUCAAUUCUCUCUCUAAAAAGAAAACCAUCUCCUUUGGUGGCUGUAUGACCCAGCUCUUCGCUAGCCACUUUUUGUCUGGGACAGAAGUGAUUGUCCUCACAGCAAUGGCUUUUGAUCGGUAUGUGGCUAUCUGCAAGCCCCUGCACUAUUCUUCCAUCAUGAACUCAAGACUCUGUGGCAUUCUGAUUGGAGUAGCCUGGACAGGGGGAUUUAUGCAUUCCAUCAUCCAAAUCCUCUUUACAGUUAGACUUCCUUUCUGUGGUCCUAAUAUCAUUGAUCACUUUUUGUGUGACUUGUACCCACUACUGAAACUCGCCUGCACUGAUACUUAUAUUUUUGGCCUUCUAGUGGUGGCAAACAGUGGGCUCAUUUGCAUCUUAAUCUUCUCCAUGUUGCUUGUAUCUUAUGGCGUUAUCUUGUUUUCCCUGAGAAAUCACAGCACUGAAGGCCAGAAGAAAGCCCUCUCCACUUGUGGAGCUCAUAUUGCUGUUGUAGUUUUGUUCUUUGUCCCAUGUAUAUUCGAGUAUGCCCGGCCUCCAACUUCUUUCUCCUUUGACAAAAUAGUGGAGAUAUUCUACACUGUCCUAACUCCUUUACUCAACCCUUUGAUUUACACUUUCAGGAACAAGGAAGUAAAAAAUGCCAUGAGGAAACUGUGGAAUCGAUUCAUGGUGGUUUCUGUUGAUAAAUAG